CGCCUCUUCCGGUCAAUAGAAGCUCCGGAGUCAGGCGUAAUAGUCAGUGCUUCAGACCGCGGCGUAACCGCUAAUCCACUUCAGGGGUUUAUUUUAGGAGAAAAACAUCUUUUACCAUUUAGUUCAAUACAUUUUAAAGAAAUAGAAAUAACCAUGGCGUCGGGGACACCAUGCCUGAACAGUCGCUGGGAUCAACCCAAGUCCAAGACCGAGCUCCUGCAGGGGAUUGUGGGAAAUGUGUCCGCUACAAAGACAGCUGCAGCACCCUCGUGUCCAGCUCUUACCCCCGGGGCAGGUCCUCCGCAACCUUCUGCCCCGAACGCCCCAGCGCAGGGAGGAGUCGAGUUGGCCACCGCCAUGGCUGCCAAACUCAACGCCAUGCUAAUGGCUAAAGGAAAACUCAAACCACUGCAGCCUUUACCUAGUAAGGCUCCCUCCAGUGCUCCUAUACCUGUGAGCAGUGAGGAGAUCAUUGUGACAGAAGUGGACAUUAAUGAUGUUCCUGUGAACUGCAGGAAUCUGCUCACCAAAAGCAAAACACAGGAGGAGAUCCGUCUGUACAGCGGUGCACUGGUCUCCACGAAAGGCCUGUUCCUGAGUGACACUGAGAAGUCCAGCUAUAAAGGAGGAGAGCGUCCUCUGUACCUGCACGUUCAGGGCCGCACCCAGGAUGAAGUCCACAAGGCCGUGAUGCGGAUCAAAGAGAUCAUCUCCGAGGAUGUGAUGCGAGCGUCAGGGGGGCAGCAGCCGGCCGUGAUGCCCCCGGUCCCGGUGUACCCCCAACCCCCGCGACCCUCUGUACCCGCACAGCCUCACCUCCCUACGCCACGCCCUCCGAACGCCCCCGUAACGCCCGCACACAGACCCCCUCCUCCUCACGCUGGGAGUUUUGUGCACACUAAGCUAUUUGUAGGAUUGGAGCAAUGCCUGCCGGGCUUCAGCGUGAACGAGAAGGUGGAGGGACCCAACGGCUCGUACCUGCAGCACAUCCAGACCGAGACCGGGGCGCGCGUCUUCCUGCGGGGGAAGGGCUCGGGCUACAUCGAGCAGGCCUCGCGGAGAGAGUCAUUCGAACCCCUGUACCUCUACAUCAGCCACCCGAACUCUGCUGGCCUGGAAUCAGCCAAAAAACUCUGUGAGAGCCUUCUGGAGACGGUGCGAUCUGAACAUGCACGUAUGGUAUCUGUGUACACAGCUACAGGUUCCACACAAGCAGCAUACCCGUCUCACGGAUACUCAUCCAGCAGCAGUAGUUACAGCAGUCCGUCAUGGUACGGAUACCCCAGUGCUUACCCAUCAUACACUGGGACAGGGAGUUACUGGGGACGAGCAGACAGUGCAGACAGCGCGCAGAUGGUGCAGUAUCCCGUCUGUCCUCGCCAGUCCACUUCAUUCAUACUGCAGAAUGAAGAAGAGACCCCAGAACCUGCAGUAAACGACUUAUCUAGUGUUUCCAGCCCAAAGAGACGCUUCAUAGAGGAGAAUGAGGAGGAGGGAGAGAAGGAUCCAAAAGAGGAGACUAAAUCAGACGAUCCAGUGGAAGAGCCUGCAGUGUGUACUGCUGAUGUCGGUAAAUCAGACGGGGUACUGAUGCCUCCUCCACCUGCUCCUGUGGUGUCGUCACUCCCAGCACCGCUCAAGAGACCACUAGAGGAACCUGCUCUUUCUCACACAGAUGAAAAGGAAGUAAAGAAAGUGAAGAUCUCCUCAGAUGCUUUAGGUCUCGUCCCAUAUGGUGGAGACUCGUCAGAUGAGGAAGAGGAGAAAACUCGCAGUGGGAGAAGGAGCAAUUUUUAACACAUUAGAAAAAGAGCGAGCUCCCCAGCCACACUACCCCCAUCAGGAGAAAGUGCCCCCCUGACCCCCCCUGAGUCUUUCCUUGUGUUGAAGUUUUCUGAGUUUGGAAAAAUGGUGUAACUGUUCCUAUGGAAUAAAAUCAGUCUUAAAACAUC